UCCCCGCAGCAUGGCCGCCAGCGCCCCUCCGCGCCGCCCGCCGUCGCCGCGGCUGCUGCUGCUGCUGCUGCUGGCCCUGGGCGGCCGCUGCCUGCGCGCCGAGCCCGGCGACGGCGCUCAGACCUGGGCCCGCUUCGCGCGCCCGCCCGCCCCCGAGGCCGCGGGCCUCCUGCACGAUACUUUCCCCGACGGCUUCCACUGGGCCGUGGGCAGCGCCGCCUACCAGACCGAGGGUGGCUGGCGACAGCAUGGCAAGGGCGCGUCCAUCUGGGACACGUUCACCCAUCACCCUCCGGCGACCCCGGGCGACCCCCCGAUCGCUGACCCGCCGUCGGGCGCCCCGUCUCUUCCUCAGCCCGCUACUGGAGACGUGGCCAGCGACAGCUACAACAACGUCUUCCGCGACACCGAGGGGCUGCGCGAACUCGGGGUCACCCACUACCGCUUCUCUAUAUCAUGGGCGCGGGUGCUCCCCAAUGGCAGCGCCGGGGCCCCCAAUCGCGAGGGGCUGCGCUACUACCGGCGCCUGCUGGAGCGGCUGCGGGAGCUGGGCGUGCAGCCCGUGGUCACCCUGUACCACUGGGACCUGCCCCAGCGCCUUCAGGACGCCUACGGUGGCUGGGCCAACCGCGCCCUGGCCGACCACUUCAGGGAUUACGCCGAGCUCUGCUUCCGCCACUUCGGCGGCCAGGUCAAGUACUGGAUCACUAUCGACAACCCCUACGUGGUGGCCUGGCAUGGCUACGCCACCGGGCGCCUGGCUCCCGGUGUCCGCGGCAGCCCGCGGCUCGGGUACCUGGUGGCGCACAACCUUCUUCUGGCUCAUGCAAAAAUCUGGCAUCUCUACAAUACUUCCUUCCGUCCCACUCAGGGAGGCCAGGUAUCUAUCGCCCUGAGUUCCCACUGGAUCAGUCCUCGAAGAAUGACCGAAUAUAACAUCAAAGAAUGCCAAAAAUCUCUUGACUUUGUACUAGGUUGGUUUGCCAAACCCAUAUUUAUUGAUGGUGACUAUCCUGAGAGCAUGAAGAAUAACCUUUCAUCUCUUCUGCCUGAUUUUACUGAGUCUGAGAAAAAGUUCGUUAAGGGGACAGCUGACUUUUUUGCUCUUUCCUUCGGACCAACAUUGAGCUUUCAACUACUGGACCCUCACAUGAAAUUCCGCCAAUUAGAAUCUCCCAGUCUGAGGCAACUCCUGACCUGGAUAGACCUUGAAUAUGACCACCCUUCAAUAUUUAUCGUGGAAAAUGGCUGGUUUGUCUCAGGGACCACCAAAAGAGAUGAUGCCAAAUACAUGUACUACCUCAAAAAGUUCAUAAUGGAAACCUUAAAAGCCAUCAGGCUGGAUGGGGUCAAUGUCAUCGGGUAUACAGCAUGGUCCCUCAUGGAUGGUUUCGAAUGGCACAGGGGCUACAGCGUCCGACGUGGACUCUUCUAUGUUGACUUCCUGAGCCAGGAUAAGAAGUUGUUGCCGAAGUCUUCAGCCUUGUUCUACCAAAAGCUGAUAGAGAACAAUGGCUUCCCUCCUUUACCUGAAAAUCAACCCCUAGAAGGGACAUUUCCCUGUGACUUUGCUUGGGGAGUUGUUGACAACUACAUUCAAGUAGACACCACUCUGUCUCAGUUUACCGACCCGAAUGUCUACUUAUGGGACGUUCAUCGCAGCAAGAAGCUCAUUAAAGUGGACGGGGCUGUGGCCAAAAAGAGGAAAUCCUAUUGCGUGGACUUCGCGGCCAUCCGGCCCCAGGUGGCCUUACUCCGGGAGAUGCACAUCACGCAUUUUCACUUCUCCUUGGACUGGGCCCUGAUCCUGCCCCUGGGCAACCAGUCGCAGGUGAACCGCACGGUCCUGCGCUACUAUCGCUGCGUGGUGGGCGAGCUGGUGCGCGCCAACAUCACGCCCGUGGUGGCCCUGUGGCAGCCCGCGGCCCCGCACCAUGGCCUGCCGCGCGCCCUGGCCAGGCACGGGGCCUGGGAGAACCCGCGCACCGCCCUGGCGUUCGCCGAGUACGCGGGCCUGUGCUUCAAAGAGCUCGGCCACCGCGUCCAGUUCUGGAUCACCUUGAACGAGCCGUACACGCGCAACAUGACCUACCGCGCCGGCCACCACCUGCUCAAGGCCCACGCCUUGGCAUGGCGCCUGUAUGAUGAGAAGUUCAGGCCGCUUCAGAAGGGCAAAAUAUCCAUCGCCUUGCAGGCCGAUUGGAUAGAACCGGCCUGCCCUUUCUCCCCAAAGGACAAAGAGGUGGCCGAGAGAGUUUUGGAAUUUGACAUUGGCUGGCUGGCCGAGCCCAUUUUUGGCUCUGGAGAUUAUCCACGUGUGAUGAGGGACUGGCUGAACCAAAGAAAUAAUUUUCUUCUACCUUAUUUCACCGAAGAUGAAAAAAAACUAAUCCAGGGUACGUUUGACUUUUUGGCUUUAAGCCAUUACACCACUAUCCUUGUAGACUGGGAAAAGGAAGACCCCAUCAAAUACAACGAUUAUCUAGAAGUGCAAGAAAUGACCGACAUCACAUGGCUCAACUCCCCCAGCCAGGUGGCGGUGGUGCCCUGGGGGUUGCGCAAAAUGCUCAACUGGCUGAGGUUAAAGUAUGGGGACCUCCCCAUGUACAUCAUAGCCAAUGGCGUUGAUGACGAUCCUCGGGAGGAGCAAGACAAGUUGAGGGUGUACUACAUACAGAAUUAUGUAAAUGAGGCCCUGAAAGCCUACAUAUUGGAUGGUAUCAACCUCUGUGGAUACUUUGCUUAUUCAUUUAAUGAUCGCUCAGCUCCAAAGUUUGGCCUCUAUCGUUAUGCUGCCAAUCAGUUUGAGCCCAAACCAUCUAUGAAACAUUACAGGAAAAUUAUUGACAGCAAUGGUUUCCUGUCCUCUGAAAGUCUGGGAAGGUUUUGUCCGGAAGAAUACACCGUGUGCACUGAAUGCAGCUUUUUUCACACUCGGAAGUCUUUACUGGUCUUCAUUGGGUUUCUAUUUUUUGCUUUUGUUAUUUUGCUUUCCCUUAUUUUUUACUACAAUAAGAAAGGCAGGAGAAGUUAUAAAUAGUAGCCAUUUGUUUUGAAAUAAUUACGUGCAAACAUUGACUAUGUGCACCUCUCAGUGUUGUGAAAUUAAAUUUCAUGCAGCUGUAUUCUGGAAAACCUUUCAGUGGCAUAUGACAGAGGUUCAAAACAGGUGUAGGUGACUGUAAAAUAUUGAACACGGUGGGCACUGCCUGAAUUUGCUGUCUAUUGGAGUGAUUAA